UCUCCACUGGUUUUUGACUCUUCACAUUUAACCCACACAUUAUUGAAUCCCUGAGGGGCUGAAUUUGAACACGCAAGCAGCUUCUACUUCUUCACAGAAAACUGACACGUGCGUGGAAGACAAAAUCGAUUUCUUUAUGCACAAGGCAAGGAAGCGGUGGCAGAGCUUUAUCUCAUCCUUGCAGAACACUUUCAGACAUCCAUAGUUGGUUAGAUCAUCUUUGGGAAACAAUUUGUGUUGGGAUUUUGCAGGAAGUGAGACAAUUUGUCUUGGGAAUUGAAGAAAAGAAUGGCGAGCAAAGGCGCUUUGGAAGUAGUAAAGGGGUUAAAUCUGGAAAGGUACAUGGGGCGCUGGUACGAGAUCGCCUCCAUUCCGUCACGCUUUCAGCCCAAGGAUGGUGUGAAUACACAGGCAACAUAUACCCUUAACCCAGACAAUACUGUCCAUGUCCUCAACGAGACAUGGAGCAAUGGGAAGAGGGGUUCCAUCGAGGGCAGUGCGUAUAAGGUUGAUCUGCAGAGUGAUGAGGCCAAACUCAAGGUCAAGUUCUAUGUGCCGCCAUUUUUGCCCCUUUUUCCUGUUCUUGGUGACUACUGGGUCAUGGCCAUUGAUGAAGACUACCGCUGGGCUAUGGUCGGACAGCCCUCUCGGAAGUCUCUGUGGAUAUUGAGCAGAGAGCCUGAGCUGGAUGAAGAGAUUUAUAAUCAGCUGCUGGAUAAGGCCCGAGAGCAGGGGUACAAUGUGGACCUUCUGCACAAGACGACUCACACCCAGAUUCCUGAAGAGGAAACACCCCAGGAUAAAGGCGUUUGGUGGUUCAAAGCUCUCCUUGGGAAGUAGAAGUAGUAAUUAGAGCUCUACAGUCGCAGUUUAGUGCUACUCUCUCUGGUUAGAGGGAUUACUUUCAAAGGUUUUUAACAGUAAUUUGCUUAUAGUUGUGCUAGCUUUGUUUUACACACUGUGUGCACUAGUCUCUGCAUAGGUUUUGUAUAUUAAAAAUGUAUCAACUCUUAUUUCUAUUUAGUUAUCCUCCAGCUGUAACGACAGAACUUUUUAAUACUUUUUUCAAUUAAUCGUACGGCAUUUGCUUC